CCUCGAGUCGAGUCGGACGGUAGCCAAUCAGAUUUCGAGCUCGGCGUGUUGAACGCAUGCGCGCUAUUUGUAUUUUAAAAACAGUGGAGAAGCUGUGAGCUCAGAAUGGAUGUGGAUGUGGUGCUUCAAGCACGCUGCUCUCCCUCGCUGAGCCACCCUUAACGACAGCAGUGGGUGUAGGUAGCUCAGCAACUGCUACUCGCCAUGACUAUGCGCUCCACCGUGUUUACAAGUGGACGAAACACGCUGGACACAGACUUGACUGACCAACGCAAAAAACAAGUGGCAGCCACUGAAUCUCAGAGUCUUGUAAAGAAGCAAGGCUGUGAGCAUCCUGUCAGAGUUCCUGCCGUCCUGAGCACCAUCCACAACAGUAGUGAACAGCAUCUCCACAGCAAAGUGAAGACCUUCACAAGCAGUCACAGCACAGCAGGCAGACCUGGCCAGUCUCUGGCAGUGAGGAAAGGGCAAGAGGAGAACUGGGUGAACCUGGAGGAUUUGAUAGUUCCUCUGGCCAAGCAGAUGGGGGCCGAGGGUACCCCAGUAAAAAGCAAAUCACUGUUUGGACAGGCCAGUCACAACCACUUGGGCAGGAUGGAUCCAGUGGCAUCAAACGGCAGCAAGCAGCCACGAAAGGCAGGGCCAGUGGGGGGAGUUGCAAUAGCAGGAGUCCCCUCACCUGAACAUGGCCCUGAUGCAAAAAGCAGAAAUAUGAUGAAGGGCAUCGGCCAUGCUGCCACACAGACUAGCUGCUUUCGUCAGAUUCUUCUGUUGCAGCUAGAGCUGAUUGAACAGCAACAGCAGCAGCUGCAGAAUAAAAACAAAGAGAUAGAUGACCUCAAAGCUGAAAAGGAAAUGUUGACUGCUCGCAUUGAGCGAAUGGAGCGGCGGCUACAGAUGGUGAAGAAAGAAGGAUCUGAGAAUCGGCCGUCUCAGACUCCACGUCGCAAGGAAGUUGUUGAGGCCAUCUCACCAGAAAGCACAGGGCAACCUGAGGGGCAGAGCCUGACACCUAGACCUAUGACUUUAGGAAGGGGUGGCAAGGGCCUGAAAAGAAGAUUCCUUUUUCAAGAAUCCGGGAUGGCCAGGUCCAGACGAGGUCAGCCCAAAAUGCCUUCUCCAAAGGAAGGCCAAGCUUUGAAGGAGGAGGCUCAAGAAGAAGAAAGUCCCGAAUUUAAGUCACAUGGUUCCUCCAUUGUCCAAUCAGAAGAACUGCCUUACCUGGCUACGACAGAAAUGUAUCUGUGCUGUUGGCACCAGCCGCCACCCUCACCUUGGAGAGAGCCAUCUCCUGUGCAGGACGACACAGUUGCUGUCCCGUCUUGGCGAGAGAGCAUUUUGGAACCCAUGGAGGAGAAAAAAGCAACAGAUAUCCCUGAGAGUCUAGAUGACGGUGUCUUUUUGAAGCGGCAUUCAAAACUGGAGUUGGAUGAAAAGAGAAGGAAAAGGUGGGAUAUUCAGCGUAUUAGGGAGCAGAGGAUGUUCCAGAGACUCCAGCAGAGGAUGGAUAAGCGAAAAGUGAUUCAGGAAAGUGAGCCAGAGCUACUUUCCUUCUACCCUGAAGCAGAGGAUGUGGAAUCAAUAAUGAUUACACCAUACCUGCCAGUGGUGGCAUUUGGCAGACCCCUGCCUAAUCUUCAACAGCAGAGUUUUGACAUACCAUGGCUGGAUGAGCGCAGUCGCUGCCGACAAGAACUGUCCAAAAAGAAGACGCCCCAUCGGACCUGCCGCAAGUGAAGCAGUCCUACAGGCGAAAAAAGACAGCGGCGCAGCCCACAUGUUCCUUCUAAAGGAAAUGCUGCUUCAGCUCUACUGUUUCGUGGCAUGUCCUGUGUGCUACAAGAUCAUAUUGGCAAUAUGCACUCACCUGGCAUACCUGACUGCCUUGAUUGCACUUUUGAUCUUUAAGCAGACCAAGUCCAUUUUUCUCCUCUGUUAAGUCUUCAUUUGGUGAUGGAACCACUUAACAGUCUAACUCCACAGUGGCAGAAAACCAAGCUUUCAGAAGUUCAUGCUCAUGGUUGUUUUAAUAUUGCAAAGUAUAAUGCUUGUGCCCUGGUUGCUUUUGCAUCAUCUCAUACAAGUUUGCUUUCAGAUGUACAGUAUGGACCAAAACUCCCAUCAUAUUGAGCUGAGAACAGAGAAUGUCAAGAUUUGUUGUUUUUGGUUUGCAUUUCUGUUCAUUGUAAGUGGAUGGUAUGAAUCUAAGAAAACAUGGCCUAUCUUGUAAAAUAGUGUUGAUUCAAAGUAUAAGUGUAAGAUACUCUAAAUGCAUCUAAAGAGAAUAUUUCAAAUAUUAAAGAAGUUCACAAUUUA